AUGGCAGCCACUAGCUUAGCUUCACAAGCUUUCAUUCGUACGGCAGUCCACUCAUUUAUUCAACCCGCCCGUCGUUCCGCAAGCCUCACAACAAAGCUCGGUGGCCUCAGAAUCCUCCCCCUUUCCGCCCCUUUCACAUCUUCAGCUUUGGGCAUUUGCCACCCAGUGAGUGCUGUAAAAGGUUUAGCCGAUGUUUUGGUCAGAGGAGUUGGGAACAAGGAUACAAUUGAGGAUGUCAAGAGAAUUCUUGAUAUGGCAAAUCGGGCGUCAUUGAGGCGGGAAGUUUUACAUACCGACUUUCUCACACCACCUGUAUUGAAAGAAUCGAUGCAAGCAUUAGAGAAGUUUACGGACAUCAAAAUGGUAGUUCAGGGAGGAUAUCCAGAGGCCGAGCGUUGCCGGCUGUCAGUUGGACAUCCAGACAUAUUGACAUCUGAUCCGGAUAUUAUUGCAGCACUAAGUAUCUCAGGGAACUUUAGUUUUGAAUCAUGUUCUCAUGGUGACUUCCUUGGGGCAAUCCUUGGCACUGGGAUUGUGAGGGAUAAGCUGGGAGACAUUAUAUUGCAGGGAGAAAAGGGGGCACAUGUUCUUAUUGUUCCAGAACUUGUUGGCUUCCUUGUCUCGUCAUUGGACAAGGUAAGGAAUGUUUCUGUUACCUGUGAAAAGAUUCCAUUGCUUGCUCUUGAAUACCAGCCCCCGAGGACCAAGACCAUGAAAACUGUUGAAGCAUCAAUAAGACUUGAUUCUAUAGCUAGUGCUGGUUUCAAAAUUUCACGAUCGAAAAUGGCUGAUUUGAUAAGCAAAGGAGAUGUGCGUGUCAACUGGGCUACUGUGAUGAAAAACAACACUACUCUGAGGACAGGUGACAUCAUCUCCGUUAGCGGGAAGGGAAGACUUAAGAUUGGAGAAAUAAGCUCUACAAGAAAAGGAAAGUUUGCAGUCGAGCUUGUACGUUAUUUAUGA